GAGGCCUGAGAGCCCGCGGGUCCGGUAGGCCCCUGGACGCACCGGGACUCAGGACCAAUGUCCAUCAUGAACUCAGAGAGUGCUCCGAGAUUCCAGGUGCUCCCGCUACUUUUCCUGCUGCUGUUCCUGGCCGCCCAGCCUGUGACUGGCAAGGGCUGUGUCUGCAAAGGCAAAGGCCAGUGCCUCUGCAUGGGGACCAAAGGGGACAAGGGUGAGAAAGGCUUUCCUGGGCUCCCUGGAUUUCCUGGUCAAAAAGGAUUUCCAGGACCUGAAGGCUUGCCUGGACCACAGGGACCCAAGGGCUCCCCGGGGCUUCCAGGACUCACUGGCCCCAAAGGCAUCAGGGGAAUAACUGGAUUACCAGGAUUUUCAGGUCCUCCUGGACUUCCAGGCAUCCCUGGCCAUCCUGGGCCUCAAGGGCUGGCUGGUUUACCAGGAUGCAAUGGUUCUAAGGGUGAGCCAGGAUUCCCAGGCAUUCCAGGGACACCAGGCUACUCGGGGCUCCCGGGCCCUGAUGGUUUGAAAGGACAAAAGGGUGAACCUGCUCAAGUAGAAGACAGGGAAUUCCCUGGAAAAGGUGAUCCUGGGCCUCCGGGGGCACCAGGCUUCCAGGGUUUUCCAGGACCCCCAGGUUUUCCAGGGCCUGCUGGUCCACCAGGUCCUCCUGGACUUUUUGGUUUUCCUGGAGCUAUGGGACCCAGAGGAUCAAAAGGUCACAUGGGCAAUAGAAUGAUCGGAGAGAAAGGAGACCCGGGUGAGAAGGGAUCCCCAGGCCCUCCCGGGCUGCCCGGAACAGUGAUUGUCACACUCAGGCGCCCAUACAACAAAUCGGACUUCCAGGGAGAAAAAGGAGAUAAAGGAGAGAUGGGUGAACCUGGACUUCCUGGACCCCCGGGACCACCCGGAGACUCCUAUGGGGCAGUAAAGGGUGUGCCUGGAGAGCCUGGUCCUCGGGGAAAACCUGGAAAAGACGGAGCUCCUGGCUUCCCUGGCACUAAGGGAGCCAAGGGCAACAGGGGCUUUCCUGGGUUAACGGGCGAAGCCGGCAUUAAGGGAUGGAAAGGAGACCUUGGCCCCCCAGGACUCCGUGGUCCAACAGUGUAUUAUGAUGCAUACCUGGAAAAGGGAGAUAAAGGCAUGCCAGGCCCACCUGGGCCCAAAGGAGCUCGUGGCCCACAGGGUCCUAGUGGUCCCCCCGGAGUUCCUGGAAGUCCUGGACUGUCUAGGCCUGGCCCUAAAGGAUCCCUCGGACAGCCAGGCUUGAAAGGAAGGAAAGGGGAGAGAGGACCCACUGGAGAAUUCGCUAUUGGCCCUGCUGGACCCCCAGGAUGUCCUGGUUCACCAGGUCCACCAGGCCCACCAGGACCUCCAGGAAGUCCAGGUGACAUUAGUUUUCAGCCGGGUCCACCUGGUGACCGCGGAGUGCCAGGUGAUAUAGGACCUCCAGGAGACCCAGGAGUUGAUGGACCCAAAGGAGAGCCGGGCCUCCCGUGUGCACAGUGCCCUUGCAUCCCAGGGCCCCCCGGUCUCCCAGGAUCUCCAGGACUAGAUGGUGUCAAAGGAAUCCCAGGAGGACGAGGUGCACCUGGUAUGAAAGGAAAUCCGGGGCCCCCAGGAAGCACAGGUCUCCCCGGAUUUGCAGGAUUCCCAGGUGACCCAGGACAUCCAGGAAUUAAAGGGAGCAAAGGUGAAACACCCCUACCCUGGGGACAAAUGGGUGACCCAGGUGAUCCUGGACCCAGGGGUCCGCCAGGGAGAAGGGGCUUCGAUGGAAAUCCUGGACAUCCAGGAGUGAAAGGAUCACCAGGACCUAGGGGUGAACCGGCUCUGAGUGGAAGAAAAGGGGACCAGGGACCUCCAGGGGCACCUGGAUCCCCGGGGCCACCAGGACCUGCAGGACCAGCUGGACCACCAGGCUAUGGACCCCAAGGAGAACCAGGUCCAAAGGGAGCCCAAGGAGUCCCUGGAGCCCGGGGACCACCUGGAGAAGCCGGUCUUAAAGGGGAGCCAGGUGUAGCAACACCAGUUCCAGGUCCCCCAGGCCCUCCAGGACCCCCUGGUCAGGCUGGCCCCCGAGGUCUACCUGGUUUGCCUGGACCUGUGGGAAAGUGUGAUCCUGGUCUUCCUGGACCUGAUGGUGAACCAGGGAUUCCAGGAAUUGGAUUUCCAGGGCCUCCAGGACUGAAGGGAGAUCAAGGUUUGCCAGGAACAAAAGGGUCGCCUGGUUGUCCUGGGGAAAUGGGAAAGCCUGGCCGUCCUGGAGAACCAGGCAUCCCAGGAGCCAAGGGAGAACCAGCCCGGGGUAGGCCUGGGGAGCCAGGAAAACCAGGCCUUCCAGGAGAAAGAGGCAAUCCUGGGGAAAAUGGAGAUAUUGGACUGCCUGGGCUCCCAGGACUCCCUGGAACUCCAGGAAAAGAUGGAUUUGAUGGGCCUCCAGGAGACCCAGGACAGCCUGGACCACCUGGAGCAAAAGGACCCCCAGGGAGGUGCACACAGGGACCCAGGGGCGCCCAAGGACUUCCGGGCUUAAACGGAUUGAAAGGGCAACCAGGUAGAAGAGGUGAUACAGGGCCAAAGGGAGACCCUGGCAUCCCAGGCUUGGAUAGGUCAGGAGUUCCUGGACAACCUGGACCACGAGGAAUGCCAGGUCAUCCAGGUGGGAUGGGACCACCUGGCCAAAUAGGACCUCCAGGACCUCCAGGAUUCCCAGGAUUACCAGGCGAGAAAGGAGAGGUUGGAAUGAUGGGCUUUCCUGGACCCACUGGACCUCCGGGGCCUCCUGGGAAACCAGGCUCAGAGGGGCAGAGAGGUAGUCUUGGAAUCCCCGGAAUCAAAGGGGAAAGAGGACGCCCGGGAGACAAAGGUGAACGAGGAGAGAAGGGGAUCCCUGGGCCUUCCCACCUACCGCACUUAAAGGGGGACAAAGGAGAACCUGGAAUCAAAGGAUUUGUAGGAAAUCCAGGUGAAAAAGGAAACAGAGGCAUUCCAGGAUUACCAGGUCCAAAAGGCCUUGCGGGACUGCCUGGACUACCGGGCCCUCCAGGCCCUAGAGGAGAUAUGGGGAGCAGUGGAAAUCCCGGAAGACCAGGACCCCAAGGCAUGCCAGGAAGCAUGGGGAACAUGGGUAUGCCAGGCCCUAAAGGGAAAAAAGGAACUUCGGGAAUGCCGGGUCUAGCUGGAAGACCAGGCCUGCCAGGGAUCCAUGGUCCCCAAGGAGACAAGGGGGAGCCAGGUUAUUCAGAAGGUGCAAGGCCAGGACCACCAGGACCAAAGGGCGAUCCAGGAUUGCCAGGCGACAGAGGCAAGAAAGGAGAGAGAGGCCCACCGGGGCCACCUGGACAACCGGGGCCUGCUGGACCUGAUGGAGCCCCUGGGAGUCCCGGGAGUCCUGGCCACCCAGGAAAACCCGGUCCUGGUGGUGAUAUGGGUCUUAAAGGAAAGAAAGGCUUCCCAGGCCCUCCCGGAAGCACUGGCCCUCCAGGCCCUCCAGGACUCCCAGGACUCCCUGGACCAAUGGGUAUGAGAGGUAACCAAGGACAUGAUGGAAUUCCUGGUCCUCCAGGACAAAAGGGAGAAUCAGGCUUGCUGGGGGGCUAUCCAGGCCCAAUGGGGAGCCCUGGUGUUCCAGGUGUCAAAGGAGACAGGGGAGUUCCAGGCUUGCCUGGCCUCCCUGGCAGGAAAGGUGCCAUGGGAGAUGUUGGACCUCGAGGACCCCCAGGCAUCGCUGGAGUCCCAGGACCUCCAGGUCUACCUGGGGCAAUUGUCCCUGGCCCAAAAGGAAACAGAGGUCUCCCUGGCUUAAGUGGAAAUCCAGGUAAGCCAGGUCCCCCUGGACCUCCAGGACAUAUCGUAGAUGGCAUAAAAGGUGACAAAGGAUUUAUGGGCCUACCUGGCCCCAAAGGUCUACCCGGAGCAGCAGGAGACAUGGGUCCACCAGGUCACCCGGGAGCACCAGGCACUCCAGGUCAUCCAGGUCUCAGAGGUGAUCCGGGAUUCCCUGGAUUUCCAGGCUUAAAAGGAGAGAAGGGUAAUCCAGGAUUUCCUGGAUCAAUUGGACAUCCAGGACCAACUGGGCCAAAAGGACCACCUGGUACAGCUGGAAAACCUGGAACACGAAAGGUCAUCUCCCUCCCGGGAAGCCCAGGGCCACCUGGUGCACCUGGACAGCCAGGAAUGAAAGGAGAUCCUGGGCCACUGGGACCACCAGGAUUCCCAGGACCCUGUGGGCCAAAAGGUACACCAGGCAAGGAUGGAAAACCAGGAACUCCAGGACAAGCUGGUGAAAAGGGCAGCAAAGGCUCUAAAGGUCAGCAAGGCCCACCUGGAUUGGAUGGAGUACCUGGUUUAAAGGGAAAACCUGGAGACCGGGGAACACCUGCCACUGGGACAAGACUUCAAGGCUUCAUCUUUACACGCCACAGUCAAACUGUGGCCACUCCUUCAUGUCCUGAAGGAACAAAGCCACUCUAUAGUGGGUUCUCCCUGCUUUUUGUACAAGGCAACGAGCAUGCACAUGGACAAGACCUUGGUACUCUGGGAAGCUGCCUGCAACGAUUCACCACAAUGCCAUUCUUAUUCUGUAACAUCAAUAAUGUAUGUAAUUUUGCAUCACGAAAUGAUUAUUCAUACUGGCUGUCAACACCAGCUCUGAUGCCAAUGGACAUGGCUCCAAUUAGUGGCAGAGCUCUUGAACCCUAUAUUAGCAGAUGUACUGUCUGUGAAGGUCCUGCAAUGGCCAUAGCUGUUCACAGUCAAACCACUGUUAUCCCGUCUUGUCCCCAUGGCUGGGUUUCUCUCUGGAAAGGUUUUUCCUUUAUUAUGUUCACAAGCGCAGGCUCGGAGGGUGCUGGACAAGCGCUGGCAUCGCCCGGCUCCUGCCUGGAGGAAUUCCGAGCCAGUCCGUUUAUAGAAUGCCACGGACGAGGAACAUGUAGCUACUACUCAAACUCCUAUAGUUUCUGGCUGGCUUCACUGAACCCAGAGAGAAUGUUCAGAAAACCUAUUCCCUCAACCGUGAAAGCGGGAGACUUAGAAAAAAUUAUAAGCCGCUGUCGGGUGUGCAUGAAGAAAAGACACUGAAGAAAUCAAAGAAAAUAGAACCACUUUUUCUUCCUUCUUACAUGACAAAAUCAUAACCCUGAGCACGUCUUUUUCUCCAACCUUACAAAGUUGCUCUGUGAGGAUUUCGUAGUGAAGAGUUUCACCACACAAGAAAGCAUUUCAUUCAAGAGAGUCUGUGAUGUCAGUCUCUAAACUUGUUGGUUUCAAAGUUCCCCGAGGAAAGGCAACAGCUUUCCACAAAAUGUCACUGAAGUCACAUUCCACUUGUACCCUAAGCACUGACUAAAUGGUGACUGUGUGAAGCUUGACCUACAAGCUAAGAGAGACUGGCUCCAGGGAUCCACAAUGUGUUUCUUGUCUCCCACUCUUGACGCAAGGAGUGUGGUUUCCUUCCACCACCUUCCCGAGACCGUGGGAGAUGAGGACAUACAGAAUCCAAGCACACCAAGAAAAGAACUGGAUGGUCAGAAAUGUUACAUGGUAUAAGGCCUAAGAACCCAGGGAAAAUGAGGCUCGUGAUGUUCUAGGACUCAUUUAAAUAUUCCCAAAGCUAGGACCAAAGGAAGCUUCCUGAAGGGAGACCUAACAGGCAUGGAUAUAAAGUACAAUUUCGUUUUCUAUUUUGCUGACGAUGUCUAUUUGCUUGUUCGCUGAGCUCAUUUUACUAUGUCAAUAGAGUCAAAGCGAGUUAAACGUUUACCCUUAGGAAGCUAAUUUUUAGGAGGAUGUUAUACACAUACAUUGGAAUAUUCUCUUUAUUGUUUCCAAUGUACUCGAAAGUAACAAGGAAAGUUCUUUCUAGAUGUGCACUUUAUCCCCACUUCUAUAAAUACUGAUCUUAAAUAAUUUUAUCAGUAGUUCAAUAACCCAGGAAAGAAGGCGAGGAGGCCCUUGCUGGUUUACCAGAUUCCAAACAUUUUUCUUUGUUCCAAAUAGUUCAUAACAUGUUUUCACAGACUGGUUCCUUUGUUAGUUUUCCAACUUUUCCUUUGGAAAACACACACACAAACACACACUCACCACAUUUUUGUUAUAUAUUCUCACCAACCAUGUGGAGAGAGACCCAUAGAUGAAAACCUUACUGUACACAGCUUUUAAUUAUAUUGACACAUUCCCAAGUUCAUUUAAUUCAGAUGAACAAGUAUCUUCUUCAGUACCAAUCCCUGGCCCAUAGACUGUGCUGGGGGUAAUGGUGGCGCAGUGAAAGAGACUUGUUUCUGAUUUACUCUCCAAUAAGGCAACUUAUUCUGCAUAUAAAUAGUCUCAUACAUGCAAGACACCCACCUCCAAGCCCCCACCCCACCCCUGCACCAAAUCCAACCAAACAAAAAGAGCCUCAUAUAUGGGUGUGGCUCUCUCCAAUUGUUUUUCCUUUACUACUGUUUUUGUUUUUCUUCACAAUUCAGCAGGCUUGAUAAAAGGUUUAAAAAUAAGAACUAUGGGACUGGUUCAGCCAUUAAGCGCACUUGCUGCCUUUACAAAAAACCCUGGUUCAGUUCCCAGUACCCAAACUGGGUGUUUCUCAGUGGCCUGUACCAGGGGAUUCAAUGCCCACUUCUGGCCCCUGCACACACAGCCACAUACACACAUAGGCAAAUUUUUAAAAAUUUAAAAAUAAGAUCUAUGCCCAGGGUAAAUUCAAAACCUCUAACUUCUCUUAGGUACCACAGAAGCUAAAGUUGUAGCACUAUUUGAUGACUCAUAGAGGCUGGGCAUUGAGAGGCAAAGCUUUGACUACAUUUCUUGAUCCACCAAGGUGGAACUGAUGGUGCUGAUAUUUAAGUUCAGGCUGGUGCUGUGAACCACUGCUUUGGUAUUGGAAAAUGCAACCCAAGAGCAUAGCCAAGGGUUGUCAUACUUCACCACUCAUGUGACUGCUGCCAAGACACUUUUUACACCUGAACUAAGACAUGCGACAUCUCAUUUCAAUCAUCUAUUUCACCUGAGUUUUCUGUUCAAAAAACACCCUCCUGUCCCAGUUACACUCUAUCAGUGAAAAGAAGAAACUAGUCUCUGUGGCCAGAGGGAUCCCCAAGUAGAAGCAGCGGUACCCAGGAGCUUGUAUAAAUGCCAAUUCCAGAACAUUCUAAACCUGCAAAAUUAGAAGUUGUAAUUGGAAACCAAGAAAACUGUGUUUUGCUUUGAUGAGAAGUAUCUCAUUAUAUAGCCCAAGCUAACCCCCAAAUCACCCCAAUUUUUCUGCCUCAGCCACCCGGAAUUUUGUUUCAAAAGCUUUCCUCGUGCUCUGGUGCACUCUACUCACUAGGCAAACACCCAAGAAACUGGCCACAAUGCUCUUACCUUUGCCUCUUUUAAAAACUCACAGGUGACGUUCAGGGUAAUCUCUUUUACUACCAGACUGGUGCUGAAGUCAAAUGGCUGCCCUCAUUUGCCCAUAGGCCUCUUUGGACUCCUGUCCUCUUAUCAGUAUUUAGCUUCUGGGGAAAGACAGGUAAUACUGAACCCCUUAAUUCCCAACAAAGCCAUAUCAACAGUUAUUCAACCAUACUUCUAAGAGUGACCAUUAAAAUACAGCCCGUGCAUAUUACUUCCCAGGUGUUUAUGAGUAAAUUAUAAAGUUAAAUUUCAACUUCCUAUGUGGCUGGGGAAAUGGCUCAGUGCUUAAGAAUGCUGGCUUCUGUGCAGAAGACUCCAGUACAGUUCCAGAUACCCAGGUCGGGCAACUCACUCCAGCUCAGAGGGAUCCAACUGGUCUCCAAGGUCACCCACACAUCGGUGGCAUUCAUUA